AGCAAGGCACCCUGGGGCUUGUAGUGCAGCUUGCUCGGCCGAGCGACCGAGCCCAAAGAGAGCCUCCAGCGCCGGCUCCCCACUCGAGCCACGUGCUUCUUCGGCUGUCGCUGCUAGAGGCGGCUGAGCCUGCGGGUCAAAGGCAACGCGGACUUCUAGGGGGUUGGCCAGCCUGAACUACAGCUCCCAGCAUCCUUUUCUGUGCUAGAAAAGUGUCGCGGGGGGGGGGGGGCGAUGCGGGAGGGCUGGGCUUCAUAAGGCCAUUGCUCCCCCCUCCCUUUCCUUCCUUUGAAGAGAAACGCAGCUGGUCAGCAGCGGUUGCUUUUAAGGAGAGGUGAUCCAUACGGAUUCUGUUCAAAUGGAUUUCACAGAAGCCUACUCGGACAGGUGCUCUGUGGUUGGGCUUGCAGCGAGAGAAGGCAAUGCCAAGCAAUUGAAGAAGCUUAUCAAGCAGGGGUAUAGUGUUGAUGUCCCUGAUAACAGGGGCUGGAUGGCAAUCCAUGAAGCAGCAUUUCACAACGCAAGUGCAUGUCUGAAGCUCUUAAUUCAUGCAGCACCCUCUGAUAGCUACAUAAGAUCGAAGACAUUUGAGGGCACUUGCCCGUUGCAUCUUUCUGCAAGCCAAGGAAGUUUGGAGUGCGUUGCUAUUCUUCUAGAAUCUGGAGCUGAUCCCAAUGAGCUUACUAAUGAUGCAAGCACACCAUUAUUCUUAGCUGUUCAAAAUGGACACGUUGACGUGAUAAAGCUUCUCCUUCAACAAGGAGCAAAUAUUAAUGGUCCCCACUGUUGGUCUGAAUGGAAUUCUCUGCACCAAGCUGCUUUUCAGAACUACCCAGAGAUAUUGAAAUUACUCCUUGACAAAGGAGCCGAAAAAGAAUGUGUGGAUGAUUUUGGGAUCACCCCUUUAUUUGUUGCUGCACAGUAUGGAAAGCUGGAAAGUUUAAGGAUACUUAUAUCAUACGGAGCAAACGUCAACUGUAAAGCCAAGGAUCGGGCCACUCCGUUAUUUAUCGCUGCGCAGGAGGGCAAUAACGAAUGCACGGAGCUGUUGUUAUCCAGUGGAGCAGAUCCAAACCUGUACUGCAAUGAAGAUGAGUGGCAGUUGCCUAUCCACGCUGCAGCGGAAAUGGGGCACAGCAAUACAUUACGCUUGCUCAUACCCGUUACUGACCGGCUCUGUGGCAGCGCUGAAGGCAAAGUGAGCCCUGUGUACUCGGCAGUCCUAGGCGGUCAUGAAGAUUGCUUGGAAUUAUUACUUAAGGAAGGUUACAGCCCAGAUGCCCAGGCUUGUCCAGUCUUUGGCUGCAGAUCACCCAUGCCUUUGGCUUUCCAAAAGAGGUCUGGCUUAAUCCUCAUUCUUCUGAAGUAUGGGAUCACAAUUUCCGAAGCAGAUUUAGACCUCUGUCUGCAUGAUGGAAGGUUCUCCUUAUUUCAGCAUUUCUUGAAGCGAGGCUGUAAGCUUCCAAGCAGAGAGCACCGGAUGGAAUUUACGAAGAAUGCAAUUCUUGCAGGAGACAGGUACAAAGAAUGGUUGCCGUCCCUCCUGUUGGCUGGGUUCAAUCCGGUGCAUCUCCUCAAUGCAUCAUGGGUUUCCUCUGUAAGCAGUGACACUCUCAACUUUCUCCUGGAGUUCACUAACUGGAAGGCGUUUCCCUGGGACGUGGAGCAGAUCCUUUCCGACCACAAAGAAACCCCCACAUGGGUGACUCGCAGUCACUUUGAGCACAUCCCUCCCUUGUCUCAUCUUUGCCGCUUGGAGAUCCGGUCACUUUUGACGAGCGAUCGCUUACGGUCAGACCAGUUUAUCCGCCAGUUGCCAUUACCCGCUUGCCUGCAGGAUGCCUUACUUUACUCAGACGUGUUGAGAAGCUAUGCCGUUCCGGAAUCUCAGCUCAGACUGGGCGAAGUGUACGAAAAGAAUGCCCUGCCACCUCUUUCCAGUGCAGGAAACAGGGAGAGGAGAGAAAACACGAAAACUGAAGCAGGCUCCUCAUAGCGCUUAAGGCUUCUGGCUGUCAUAAGAACUGUGUUGUGGUGCUCACUGCAAUGAUAGACCUCUCCACUGCUGAAGAGAGGGUAUCCUCUCUUCAGAGAUUCUUUAAACUCUUGCUCAGAGGCUUUCAGAGAAGCGUUCAAGCGCCGUUCUCUCUCAAAGGAGUUCAACAUUCAAAUGGAUGAAAACACUUGCAAAGGUAUAAAUAUUGCCACAGAUCAUUCCAAAUAAAGACCCAUUCCCUGUAAAGUUGGUUGAUUUAUUUUGAUUGCCGUUGAUUGUUGUUGAUUCCUUACCUGGCUUUUUGCCAGAAGGUCUUGGGCUGUGUUACAAGAAUAUACAAUACAAUACAAUACAAUACCUUUAUUGGCAUGACAAGUUAAGACAUUUCAAAUCCGUGGGAUAAAUUUAAAAGGGACAGGAGUGAGGCUGUCGAGGGUCACAAGGCACUCGGUUGUUCUGCUUUACCCUGUCUAUUCCCUAGAGCAGGCAUAGGCAAACUGGGGCCUCCAGAUGUUUUGGGACUACAACUCCCAUCAUCCUUAGCUAACGGGACCAGUGGUCAGGGAUGAUGGGAAUUGUCCCAAAACAUCUAAUGAGAAUCUCAAAACACCUGGAGGGCCGAGUCUGCCUAUGCCUGCCCUAGAGAGAUGAUUCAUUAAGAACCCUUUCGGUGAGAUGAAAAUUACAAAGGAAGCCACAGAGGUAGCAAUGUCCUUGUCCCUGUCCACUAGGAGGAACCUCAUUUGGCUUCCUCUUGGAGUCGUGGGUCGCAGGCCCAGCAUCUUGCUUAGCAUCUGUUUGCAGAGUCUGCUGCGCAAAGGGCAGUCCGAAAGAAUAUGGUCCAGUGAAUCUGACACUCCCUGUUUGCAGGCACACAGGCAGGCUUGAUAAGGAAUUUGCGAGUAUCUACCUGUAGUCACUGCAGAGGGGAAAGCAUUUAGUCUUGCGAGCAUAAAAGCUCUUCGUUUACAACAAUAUAGUCGCGCAGUUGUGAAAACAAGUAAAAUAAUCUAUGCACUUGUAGCAAUAAAUCCAUUCUAACAAAGCAGCAUAGAUUCAACAAAAGGUGGUUCUCGUAAAACAAUCUUGGCUUUAACAAUUAUAAUAACGAUGAGAAUACAUGUAAAUACCACCAAUUGCCAAAGUGGCUUCUAAACAGUUUACAGGUGCCAAACCAAUUAUAAAACCCCUACGUAUAAUUAAAACACACACAAUAAAACAAGGUAUCCUAUUGUCGCCUUCCUCCAGCUGAUAUAAAAGGCAUUACUUCUUUGGUCUCCAUUCUACAGCCGCUAUCAAUACAGGAUCUCCAGUUAUAAAUUGUCUCUGAUAGCAAGGCUUGGACAAAAACCCCGACUAGCACAAUGCAAAGCCACAGCUGGUUUGAGGAGGUAAUACUGACCUGUACCAAUCAGGUAGGUAGACCAGAGUAGAGAGGGAGAAUCUCAGGUCCAGGG